AUGGGUGACGACGAUUCAGGAAAGCAGGCUUAUCGCAAGACAGCCUUCCUGAAAAGCGGAAGUGGGACAACUUCUACUGCAAGUCUCAAUUUGAACAUCACUGCUACUGGAGGUACUACAAUGUCGAAUUUAGCGCGAGGUGCUCCAGUCACAGGGAGGGACAGCGAGGAGCGGAUGUCAAGCGGAUCUAUCCCGGUAGUUCACAUAGUAGGCUCCGAGUCUCCUGCAAACUCUGGAAAGACCACAGCAGGUAACAAGAAGAUGACUGUUUUUGCCGACGCUCUGGAAUCGAUUCGGGAGUACGAUCCGCGUGAUGCGAGCACUGCAGUUUCCGCCACAAAGAAGAAGGUCAUCGCGAAGCCCCGGGGGACCGUUGCCAUGAUGAAGAGCGCGGGCAUGGGACAGAGCCAAAAUCUAACGGAGUCCGAGACGUCGGAUCAAGCUGACAGCAUGGACGAAAGCAAGCGACCAAUGAGCAGAGCCUCGACAGCACCGAAGAGUACGGUGGAUGAUAUCUUGGCAGCUACUCUGGGAGAUACGACGACGACCGAGCUUAGAGGCGCACCUCCGAUAGGCGUUCCGCACAAAGUCUCUUUUCAUUCCGAGGUACUGAAUGACAAGAUUUCGAAGGCGUAUCGCCGAACCGGCGUUCCAAUGUCGAGCGCGCGCGAUAGUAGGUUCUCGGCAUCUUCCAUGAUGUCGGGAGGCAGACCGUCAUUCACUGGAGAGUUCUCGUCUGCGGCCUCCAGAGCGUCGGUGUCGAGCGCGAGAGACACAUCUGCCCUUCCACCUCCACCGCCUCCAACCACUGUCCCUGCGCCGACCCCAAGCUCCCCGAAGGCUGUAGGUUUCGCUACCGGCACCGAGCUGGGUGAAGAUGUGAAGGAAAAGUAUCGCAAGACGGGUUUUGUGCAGCCUGAACCUGCGAAAAAAUCCGAAAAUACUACCGCAGAAAAUGCUACUGCAGCAGAAGGAGAUGAGGAGGAAGAUGAAUUUCAGCACUAUUUGCGCGUACGGCGAGCUGCCAACCCAGAGUACUUUGGCCCUCAAGAGACCGAGGCCGCCGAAGAACCCCCUAGACGACGCAGCUCUCUCUUAGCUAGUGCGGGGGCCACCGAUGACGCAGCGUCGAGCUCCUCCUCUUCGGAGGAAGAAGAGGACACUAGGGGGCGGCUGCAGUCAGUCGUAGAAGAUGGAACGCCGGAUCUGGGUAAUACCCCAGUCGAGGGAAUGACGCCGGCGACGUCUGACUCAGAGGGUAGCGUCAAGCACGCGAUGAAGGGUGACAAUCAAAAUGCGUACGAGCAGGAACAGGAGGAUCCAGUAGCUCUUGAGGCUGCUAUCAAAGCCGCAGCAGAGUGCGGCAAAAACUAUGACGCGCUGCCGGCGCUGGAUAUGGCCUAUUACAAGCGCCAAACCUAUUUCCGGGAUGUGAAUGCGCACGAUGAAUGCCACGACGAUUCUUACGCUGACCGGCGUGACCACCUCGAAGAGCUUGGCGGCUUCAUCACCCAAAUGCACAAGGAGCUCGACACCGGACACGUGCCAGUGGAGAUUCCCUCGAAGCAUCAGAUACUCGCACACCGGCGUAGCAAAAGAGACUCCAAAGCGAAGGGGUUUGCGCUCCUUGGCAGCACAUCCUUCCCUCACCAAGCGGCACAGGAUUCACCAGGGCCUGCCUUGUUGAGCGUUUCUCUCAGUCAGGCUGCGCCCGUCGGCAGUGCGAAGCUUGGUUCAACGUCGCGCGAGUUGAAUAUGCCGCCGCUAAUCUUCGUCUCUGGUCCUAGUGGACAGGUAACAUAAUAAUAUAUAUUUAUAAAUAUCGUUUUAAUAAUUCUUGGGUUCUUGGUUUUUUAUAGGAAUAUAAAAUAAGACAGGUGGCUGCGGUACGAACCAGGCAGAAGACAAGUAGAAGGAGAAGGUGCUGAACAUGGCCAAGAUUAUAAGAUCAUCUACAUCCGGGGAACCACUUGAUAUCUAUAUUUAUAAAUAUACAUAGUUAUUUUACAUCACGUUUUUACAAUAAACUUGUUCAAUACGAUUUUGUUGGUUUUGGGGUCAUCUCGAGGAAUCUCUCUGGAGCUGGAACAAGCCGGCCGUAUUGCUGUUGGUGCUGUGUAGAUUGCAUAAGUUUCCAAAAGUCUGCUUUUCCCUGAACGCUUUUGGUUGAAGAUGGGUUUGAUAGGAAAUGAAGAAGAUUUGCCUUAGCGCUUGCUUCUGUAUUUGUGUUUGUGCUUCCCAAAAAUUAAGUAAGUAGACGCAUUGGUUUUUCGUGGGCGUUAUCGUUAAUGGACAUGAGUGAUCGUUUCUUAUCGUUUUUGCCUUCAUGAAUUCUGACAGAACGCACGCGACAAGCUAGUGCAGUUGCUCGUGGAUGACUCGGAGGCGAGCCUCCUGGACAGACUUCGCAGGUUGGGAGUGUCAGCAACUAGUGAUACAAUUACAGGGGGUACUGACCAACAGAAAGCGGGUCAGCCACUGUUUCGGAUGCCAUUCAGGCUCGACCGGCCGUCGACACAGCUGAAAGGAUCAAACGCGUCAAUGCGAGGCUCUCUAGUGCAGCCACGAAUAGGUGCUGCGAACAAGUUGUCUAGUACUGCGGGGGGCACCAUCAUGAGUGGUGCGCGGACAUCCUUAGUGCAGGCAGGUCCGAGUAGCGGAGGGGCUGGAAGAUCGUCACUUGUUGGUGGUACUGCUCAGUUGCUUCGAGGAGGCGCACGCCCAAGCGUAGGUCUGCCGGUGCCUGCCUGGUACACAGUUCCCGGAGGACAGCCUCAGCAAGGCACUACCACUAGACCACAACAAAUAGAAGCGUCAGGUAUAGGUACAAGCUAUACACUGCCAGCCCGAAACCAAGGCCCAAGCACCAAAGCCUUCAUGGACUCGUCGAGUCCAGCAGAUGCAGAUGAAGGGGCGAGCGAAGAGCCGCUUGACUUUCGAGAGCGACAGACGGAAAUCGCGCUCCGGCGAGCUGACCUCAUUGAGGAAUCACAAAAUGCACGCAAUCAAAUUCUAGAGCGCCACUUCGAUACAGUAGAUGAGCACUUUCAAGAAAACCUCCUCCAGGCCGCCGACGGGCUCAAUCAAGGCGCGACCACGACAGCUACAGCGGACUAUCUGCUGAAACGGCAGCUCUUAGUAACAGACGAAGCGAUGGGAAACACGAUGAUGGUCAUACAGCGACACGGCGAGCUACUGGUGGAGCAUGGCAAACUGGAACUGGACGAGCACACUGAGCAGAUGAAGCAGGAGCUCACAGACACUGCACAGGUUUUGAAGCAGGAGUUGAUGGUCGAGGGCAGCGGCCUUGGCGCAAGUUUGCAGAACCUCACUAGCGCCUUGCGAACGUCGAUUCAUGCCGACGGUGCUAGUGCUGCCGCUAUGCAGCAACUCUCCCACCUGUCCCCCGGAGCGUCGGCGUCAGCUAGCAGGGGAAACACAGUUUACGAGGGGGAGCCGGAAACAACAUCUGCUUCUAUCCGCAACACAGCCCCAGCUGAUUUGGGCACGAUAGGAAGUGCUUCUCGUGAUGUCUCCUUCGCAUACGAGUUAGUGGAUUCCCCUUCUGCAGGGGCUCGAUCGGGGAAGACGUUGUCCAGCACUUGGAGCUCGUCAAUCGAUAGGAUGGGAGGAAAAUCCGCUGCCUCUUCUACUGCCUCUAAAAGUACAACAUCUCCCAUAAUUAGAAGCAGGGGACGAAGUGCGAGUGUGGCUGCAGCGGGGACAGGACGAUCUUGGCGUGGGCGACCUGAGAGCAGGCUAAUCUCGAGUGACCCACUAGCAGCAUUAGGACGAUCUGCGGACUUCCUCUCAGAGCGCGAAAAAAUGAUGAAAGUCUUGGUCCAGCAAGUGAACAGCGCGAACAGUGGCAGUAAGGUCUCGAGGACGACGACGUCGUCGCGAAAUCCGAGCAGAGUUAAGAGUGGGGCGCAAUCUGCGCGCGUGUUAGGAGCAAAUGCAGGAGGAGCUCCAGCGAGUGCCGCUGCAGUUUUAACUGGCGACCAAGUGUUUGGUGGGAAUUUCGGAGAAGGUCCGAAAGCACAUGAGAGCCUUUUCCGCGGCUCAUUGCGAGACAACAUUUCUCUGGGAGACGCUCCUGCCGGCCACUGGGACCACAACACAAAAGUUUCGUACGAUGACCCCACGCACAUCACUCACGCCCCAACCGGCAUCAGCGCCAAGUACAAUGCGCAAUUAGUGAAGGAGAAGCAGCGCGAUAGCCCGUCUUCACCUCCAGGAGGGCGUCGUGGAAGUCGUAAUGCGUCCCCAGGCCCUGCUACUGGAGGAGGCACAGCAGACGCCGACGUCGAGUCCGGGACGCUCUCACCAGGUGCAAUGGUUAAUCGAAAUGAAAUGGAGAUGAGUCCGAUGGUGGGCCCAAGGAAAGUGCCUGGUUGCAACAGCGUUGCGAUGGGCAUACCGCUUACUCGCGAAAGUACGUCAACUACGCAAGCCUAUCGCGCAAGUCAGGAAGACCGAAUAUCAGCUGGAGGUACUAUUUUCUCAAUCAAUGGCUUCUAGAUGAGAAUUUUUCAGAGUCAUAGUUGAGGAAUGGCUGCAAUAGGAAGAAAGCUGCAUUUGAAAGCAUGUCCUUGUCCAUGUUCUUGUUUAAAAGGUAAUUGGUCUGAAAGAUAAACUUUCAGAACUUGUCCCUACGGGUGCUCCGAACAGCAUCAUCAUGCUCAUGGAUACACACAUGAAAGUACUAGAUAAACAGCAUGUUGUAUCUAGUACUUCUCAGAAUAAUAGCUGGAUAAUUUCCCUCGGCUUACUCCCUUCAUGUGCCUGUACUAUCUUCAUCUUCCACUAGAUGAGUUUUUCUGCUACAUGAUUCUGUUUGUUCUGACUUCUGCUGUGGCCCAUCAAGGACAUUCAUCAAAAAAAAGACUGGAAUCUCUCCAACAUUCUUACAUAAUCUACUGGCUGUGAUCAUAUGCAUGUGCUCCGCAAAAUAAAUCAGGCGGGCCAGAAGACGCUGGAGCUCAGCAACAAGGUUUCCAGGACACCGCAGCGGCGGACGAGGAGUCAAGUGGUGAUGAGGAGCACCUUGAUUUCAUGAGUGCUUUCAAAUCACAAAAGGAAAAGGCGGCCGCGCAAGCUAAGAGAGCGAGCGCUGGGGGGAAGAGGACAUCCUCAACCGCCAAAGCUACUAGAGGCAAUAAUAGAGGAUCACUCGUCCGUGGAUUUAGUGCGCCCUUUGACGACGCGCGAGGAGGUCGUAUGGUCGCGGCAGAAGGCGAAGCCGCGAGUCCGAGUGAUUCGUCGGAGCCAAUUCGUGGCAUUUCGAUGUCAAGGUCUACCCCCGCCUUACCGCCUACAGCUGCUCGACGAUUGUCGGACUCCUCUGGCAAUACAUUGGCAUCGACGGGAAACAGGAGCAGUAGCAGCAGACCGAUGAUGUUCAUAUCUCCUCCACGGUCGUCGUCUUCUCUUUUGAAUACACCGACCUUUACAAUGGGAGGAGGUGGUCGAACAUCAUCAGCGUCUUUGGAAGCCGAAAUAGCGGCACCUACUCUUGAUGAGGUGACGAGGCGACGGGAGGAGGCCGCAUCCGCGAUGAGUGACGUCAAUAACCGGUUAGCACAGGUCACGGAUGACCUGGACUCGAAUGAUCCGAACGUGAUAGCGAUGCGAAUUCGCCUGCAAAGCUUGCAACGAGACUUAGUUCUGGACAAAAUGGCCCAAAAGUCGGGAAUCGCUAUCGCACUCCCUGCCCGCCGCAGCACUACCUCCUCCGUGCCAAAUCUCCAAAUCUCCAAGCGCGCGGAGCCGAAUUCUGGAGCCUCCUCGGUACUUCUACAAGAACAAAUGAAUAUCAGUUAGAUCAAGGACUACAUUGGAGCACUUUCAUUACAUACAUACAUGACCUCUAGGUGUACGUCUACAACUACUUAGCUAGAUGUAGUCGCUCUCGGUUGCCAGUGCCAGAAAUGACUUUCAUCAACUGUUAGAAGUAGAACAUUUUUUUUUAGAUUGAGAUUCAUUGAGCUAGAGCGUGUUAACCUUGUGAACUUGCACAAGAACAAUCGAAUACGACUUCGACGUUCAAAUCCAAUCAUAUGACAGACUUCCGCGAAUCUGAUACUGGAUAGCCUGGUAAGGGAGUCGAAGCGCAAAGGGAGCAAGCUCACGCUGGGAAACAGCAAUAGCAUUGCUGUCCACCAUCCUAAUGGCAAGGUCUCAGUUCACAGACCACCCAAGGGCUAA